AUGUUUCGGAGCAAGCCUUCCUCGUCCAUGCAAAAGACGUACGAUGAGGCCUAUCUUCAAUGCUCUACCGCCAUAUUCUUCGAAGGCCAGAGCAACGAGGCGGAGGCUCUGCGCUCAUGGAAAUCAGCACUAGACCAGAUCAACUACUACAAGGCCUAUAAUCUCUCCUCGAAUUACUCGCCCAAGUCCGAGACCGAGCGCGCGCUUUAUGACUCUCUCAAAGAGUUGGAGAUGCAAUGCAAGGAACGGGUUGACCUGCUCGAAACCUUGAAGCGAAGCCGUAUGGACGUCGGGGUUGAACAGCGAAAGGAAGAGAAGGCCGAGCACAGAAACGGCCACAGCACAGGCAGCGGCCACGGGAGUGGGAAUGGUGCCGGAAAACGGCUGCAAAAGAGCAAAGCAAAUCAUUCACCAGCGACUACGCCCAAGCAUGAGCAGCACGCAUCGUGGCUUGCCGGCGAGACUGUACCACCCAUGCAUAUGUCCGAACUACCCAAUGCCACACCAGCUUUACCUUCGCGACCAUCCCUGGGAGCCACUCGAAGCAGCGAUCAUCCCGUGACCGACAGUUCCUCUCCAAUAUCCCGAGUGCGCUCAUCACCUCUGGGAAUUCCGCCAACGCUACCCGUACCCUCUACGAAGGUUUCGAGAAGCCCAAGCCCAGAUCACGGGAGGAAACCCAUGCGAACCACGUUACGCCCAGAAAGACGAGGUUUCAUGAAAUAUCGGUCGACCUCGAGUCGUGAUAAACGCGCGGAAACCAUGAAAGCCGCGGGGUUGGCCUGGGACUCUCAACCGCGGAAGAACUCUCACCCUCAACGACCGGAGUCAGAUCCUACCAUCGAAGCGAGGUUGAGCGCUACAGCGGCAAGACGAAGUAUCGACCAAGACGCGACAGCUCGAUAUGAGGAACAACGGAAGUCUAACGCUUCAUCCCUACUGAGUGUGCCUGACUACAGCCAACACCUAGGACACCGUGACGCAUCGAGUUCGACAACUGUACCAGCACCAUCCAUCAUCAACAGAUCGAUGGAAAGCCUGAAACUGACUUCAGAAUCAGCACCAAGUCUCAUUGACUUGGAUUCAGAACCUGAGAGAGCGCCACCUCCUCCGCCUCAACAUGCCCCACCUUUGAGCCCGCCCGUUGCCAAAGCCAGGACGGGAUCUCCAGUGUCUUUACCAAAAGCCCCGGAGAUUACGUAUCGCAGAGAAUAUCCUCCGAGGGUACACAAUGUGCCGCAACCGCUUGCGAGGAACAUACUUGAAAAGGCCUACCCAAGGCCUGCGACUACUAGUAGCUCGUCUGGUAUCAGUCGGAAACCGGUCGGUGCCGCAGGCACAGCACUGGAGACGAGAGGACGAUCUCCACCGAUACGGGAUGGGCACUCCGACACCGAAGAUGAAACACCGAAGCGAAAUCCGGACAGACCUAGACGACCUAAAGGGGUCAGAGCAGCGAGCGCAAAUACCAUUACGCCACCAUCCACGGACGGCGAGUUGCCAGAAGACGAUGAGGGACUAUCGGCUCAGGAGAAAAGAAUGAAGGAACUCCUCAGGAACCUGCCCAAAGGACUAGAUGAAAACGCCGCCAAACAAAUUCUCAAUGAAAUUGUGGUUAAAGGUGAUGAAGUACACUGGGAUGAUGUCGCUGGCCUAUCAGCAGCCAAAAAGGCCUUGAAAGAGGCGGUGGUAUACCCCUUUCUGAGACCCGAUCUGUUCAUGGGCUUGAGGGAACCCGCUCGCGGCAUGCUCUUGUUCGGUCCACCCGGCACAGGUAAAACGAUGCUCGCAAGAGCCGUCGCCACAGAGAGCAAGAGCACAUUCUUCGCGAUCAGCGCUAGUAGCCUGACUAGUAAGUGGCACGGCGAGUCGGAGAAAUUGGUCCGGGCGUUAUUUGCGAUGGCGAAGGCGCUCGCGCCGAGCAUCAUCUUUGUGGAUGAGAUUGAUUCUUUGCUCAGCGCGAGGAGCGGAUCGAGCGAGCAUGAGGCAUCGCGGCGAAGCAAGACGGAGUUUCUGAUUCAAUGGUCCGACUUGCAGAGAGCAGCGGCGGGGAAAGACACAACGGUUGGGGACGCGAGCCGGGUUCUGGUGCUCGCGGCAACAAACUGUCCGUGGGACAUUGAUGAUGCGGCGCGAAGGAGGUUUGUCAGACGGCAGUAUAUCCCGUUGCCUGAGGCAGAGACCAGAGAUACCCAGAUCCGGACCUUGCUCGGGCAUCAGAAACACGACUUGAGUGAGGAUGACAUCAGGCGGCUAGUGGAGUUAACAGAUGGAUACUCUGGUUCAGACAUUACAGCAUUAGCGAAAGAUGCUGCAAUGGGACCCUUGCGGCACCUAGGCGAGGCUCUUCUGUAUACACCCAAAGAGCAGAUUCGACCAAUUCAGAUGGUUGACUUCGAGGCAAGUCUUGAGAGCAUUCGGCCAAGCGUUAGCAAGAAGGGACUCGAGGAGUUUGAGAAGUGGGCGAAAGAUUUCGGCGAGAGGGGAGGCUGA